AGGCACUCUUAUUUGUUCACGAUUUUAUUUUGUCUUCUAGCAUCCCACGAGCGACUUCUUUCUCACAAGCAUUUAAAUCUUGUCUGUGUCUAGCUUUGAGAUAUUUUUUCAUAUAAACCUAGCGAUUCCUGCAUCAAAUUACCCUGCCUCUUUCCUGUCUGCAAAACUUAGUGUCUGUUGUCGUGUCUAAGUUUCUGUGUAAUUUUCUUCAUUGCAAGAUUCCGUACUAUCCUAGGUUUGCCAGGGUGUAAACAUUGGCUCUCAGCAUUUUUGACCCUCGAGUAAAUCACGACUCGUCUCUGCCCCGCGUUGCAAAAAGUUUGUCGGAUCGGAAGCGACUCCGACAAAAUAUAACAACGCACUCGUUGGCUUUUCGAAUAACUCGGCAGAAACUACGGAGACGGCGUUGUAGAAAUCGCGAUUGCGGUACGUAAUCGGAUCCUAUCAGCAUUGUGGUGCUCCCCUCUAGAACAUCUUUGCGGCAGCAUAUCUUCCUAUAAGAAGCAUUUGCAAAGAACUCCCGCUUCGACCGAUUGUGUUAACAAAUAUUCGACGAAGAGUGGUCUCUUGCUCGUUCCCAGCUUUUCAGGUCGCCUCAUCUCCCUUCGUGAAAACAGUCGCCAGAAGAGCCUGCCUCUUUCUCUCUGCCCAAGGACUGGCUCAUCUGAUUUCCCCACAACACGCGAUUUUCUACAACUAUUCUGCUGGAUUUCACAAUCGAGGAGAAAGCCAACGAGGAUAGCACGUAUCCUACAGUGCGAAGGACUACGUGUGGCAGCGAAUUCGAGAGUUAUUCUCUCAUCCCAGUGUCCUCCUCCUGGCUUUUAUAAUACUCAGAGAACGGCUGUUUCGUCACGACGAAGGAAAAGGACAUUUCUCGGCUCUUGAUUCGGUCCUGUCGCGCUUCUAAACCGUUUUCCGGUUGGCUCGAUCCUGCUAGGCUUGUAAACAAGCAGCAUCAAAGAUGGGUAGAUCUCGAGGUCUGCUGUCUGCAGUGGCGUCACUGGGCAGUGCGCAUGCGUUCAUCGAAGAAAUUCUGAGCCAAGCGUUCGGAGGCGGCGGCGGCUUCCAUGAAUUCCAUCAUAUGGUACUAGUUGCUUCUGUUCUAUGGAAGUAAAGAUCAGAGUGGGAUGUAAAUCAAGACUCCCAAGUAGCUUAGAAGUGGCUGAUUAAUAACAUCAUGCUCAAGAAUGUUGAUACAGUGUAGUAAUUAAUAUUCUUGGACAACGCGGCCUGGCCGCAGAGCCGCGGACCUUGAACCUUGAACCUAGUAGUUGAUAUUCUUGUCUUCAAAAACCGACUAUCAGUUGCGCGCUGAUCAUAUCGUACGAAUGCUUACAUGAUAUUUAUUAUGACUUUUUCAGGGCGGUGGAGGCCAACGGAUCCACAUCGGUGGACAUCCCGGAAUGGGAGGAAGGAGACAAAGGCCACAAGAAACGAAAUUCCCUCCAGGGAUAGAAGAAAAAAUUGCCAAAGAAUUCAACUGGAUGAAAGGAACCGAGUGGUACUUUCAUUUACAACUGAUAACAACACCUACAAUGUGACUUUGAAAAUCCAAAUCCCACAGAAAAGUCAGGUAUCAAAUUCUUGGUUUCCAUCAACAAAAAGUUCUUAGCAUAGAUCCAUGACAGCAUCCUAUUUAUUGUGAUUGAGGUUUUUCUUUUCCUAGUCGAUCCUAGUAAGUGCUAAUAACACGACCAUAUCAACAACAGGUAUUGGAAUCGCGAAGGGAAUGUGAAGUUCAAUAAGGACGGGUCUUUUGAGGCGCCGACGCCAAGUUGUCAGGUAAUGCCAGGUCAAUGCAGAUGGGCAGCCUACGAACACCAAGGGGCCCAAAAAAUCUUUAUUCUAUGGGGUUCGGAUGGCCUGCACACAAUGAGGGUGCAUGGCGAGUUCCCGACAACUCAAGACCCAGAUGCCGUACAACUUACAACUAUUCUUCGUUAGAAAUAUUUACAUUUAUACUACUAUCUUACUACUCUUACUAAUCUCGCAGUUCCUUACAUUAUAUCAAAUCUACCUUCGCAUGAUUAUCAAGGUUUUCAACGUGCGUCUAUUUGUUUUUGUCAAGAUUAUCGAUCUCUACAGUUUUUUAAGCAGCACGCACUCAGAGCAUACAUGUUGUAACUGUACUGAAGAUAGUUUAUCGUCCUAACUAGUACAUUAUCUACCACAGCUGAUGGCCAUUGAAUUGGUCGGACAUCGCGCGCUGGACAAUCGCGAACCUAGUAGUCGGCGAGAGAAGGCAUCAGCGGUUUUUGAUAAAGUUUUUGACCAUUCGGCGUAUAAAGACAGCCAAGACUUAUACGAACUCCUUGGGCUGCACGAAAAGCACGAGCGUGGUGAGGAAAUAACGCCUGCGGAAAUCAAGAAGGCCUAUAGAAAACUCUCUCUCGCAUACCACCCAGAUAAAAACAGCGACCCAAACAUCAUCGCGAUGUACCAGGAAAUGACAGCAGCGUACAUUUUUUAUGCUUGUUGUACUUGUUUGAUUGUACUUCUUGAAUACCUUUUGUAUCCCUUGUAGUGGAUUCGCCUAAAUCCAGAUCAUUCUUCAUGUCGUUGAUUUUCUAUUUGAAGAGUAGGCUUUGCUUAUCCGUUCAAUACAGGUAUGAGGUGUUGUCCGAUCCAGCGAAGAGGGCUAGAUAUGACUGCUGCGGAAUGGAAGGUGUAAAGGAGCAGAUGGCUAGCGGCAAGGAUCAUGGCAUGGAAGCCUCAGUAACUUAAGUCUGGUUCUCACAUUGAGUGCAUUUUCUCGUCGCUCCUACAAUUUUUGAGAAUGCAGACUCGUGUAACAGCGCCGCUUUCUCAAAAAUUCUUCUUAUUCCGUGGGUAAGUUUACAAAGUUCUUUUUUUAGUCCUUAUUUUUUCAUCCUGAAAUAGAUACACUAUCACCUAGAGGUAGUAGAGAUAGAAGUUUGGAUUUUCUAAGAAAUUUUGGAGGAGUUGUAUACGGGCGCAAAGCGAGUAGAUAAACAUCGAAGGCGAAUUAUUUGCCGUGUGUGCCGAAACGACCCGAACCAUCCGAAAUGCCGGUCUUGCGGAAAGUGCCCUAAUGAAAUCAAGACCGUGCACCAGCAAAUUGGGCCAGGCAUGGUCAUCCAGCAGCAGCAAGAAGUGCCCAGUAAGGACAAAUGCAGCCAGGUAACAUUUUCGGGAGGUAGUUGUAGUUUCUGUGCAUGACUGCAUGUAGUAAGUGAAUAAGUCUAAGUUAGUUGAGAAGGAGUGAAUCAAGUAGUUACUUGUACCAUUAGGAUACUGGAAGAUUUAAUGGCUUUUAGGACAACUAGUGAGUAGAAAUCGGGGAUAAAAAACCCAGUCCCAGAAGUGCCAGUUUUCACUGUGUCGGACUAUGGAACUACUGCUGUGAUAAAUUGCAAUCGACAUCCCAUCAUAGGACACGGCGAAUCUCCAUACAGAAAUCGAGAGAGGAAUGCGGGACGGAGAUAAGAUUAGCUUUCCACAUAUGGCGGAGCAAACACCAGGACAGCUUCCCGGUGAUGUUAUUAUGGUUCUGAAACAGCGUCCUCAUCCCAAGUUCGAAAGGAAGGGAAAUAACCUGCAUAUCAACGCAAAAAUAUCGCUUAAAGAAUCGCUGCUGGGAUGGGCGGUAUUUUAAAUAGAAUAUGACCUCCUCGUUGUCAUGUAUUCACGAAAUAAUUCAGCAUUAUCAAGGAGUAUGAUCGUCUUUCAUCUAAGUCUAAUGUGAAAAUGACGUAGGAAGACUGACAUAGUACAGAUUAAAACGACGCUUGAUGAUUUGUCCUCGAUGUACUUGGGUAAAAAAAUACACUCAACUACAACAACAUGACCAUUCAUUGACAUAUGUCUACAUGACCAUACAGCGGAAAAUCACGCACCUCGACGGGCAUACGGUGAAGGUGGCCACCAACGAAGUGACAGCACCCUUCCAAGUUUUUAAAGUAAAGAACGAAGGAAUGCCACAUCGUGACGACCCGACGCAAUUUGGCCACCUCUUCGUCAAGGUAGAAGUCGAAAUGCCGCGAAGGCUUACGAGUGCGCAGAAGGAGCUCGUGGAAAAACUCUUCCAGAACGAACGCGCGCUCCGCGAGGAACUCUAGUCGAUCCUAGUACAAUAACUCAUCAACGAAUACUACGCGUCGAUGUAGGAGAUUUUACCCCAAAUGUUAUAACAACUAGUACAGCAACUUCAAGAAUGCAAAACGACUUUUCAUCAGUAGACCUUACGAGGAAGAUGUUCUUGAACAGGGACGGUUUACUGCGGAGCACAACGAUGAACACGAAUGAUGCGAAGGAGCAUGCACGCACAUCAAAUGAAGAAUCCAUCGUGUUGAAAUCGAACGAGUAAUCAGUUAUUGAAAUUUUGUGGUGCUAUUGAAAUACAAACAACGACUAUUGAGAAAAUGGGUGCAACAACGUAGUCGUUCGAAGCAAAAAAAACAGGAGACCCGCGAAGAUGAUACGGCUAUGACGUCCCCGUAUUCUCAAAGCAAUUUGUACACGUGCUAUUGACCUCUACUUUAUUCUAGAAACGGCUAUGAAAUCUGACGAUGUUGUACAUGAAAGCGAGCUCCUCAAUGAGGGAAAAACAAGCCCCCACCCCCUUUUCUUUGCUUGGCUCACCCCGAACAAAUCUAGUACACGGCUCACUAGAUGAUCUGACGCAUGAUGGAGUGAGAUGGCACAAAAAAUCUAGUGAGAACGUCCCAACGUCUGAUAGAGCUCGUUCUACAUCUACUACCCAGUAGAGUAGUUCCGAUGACCCCAGAUUGAUUUUCGCGUGAAGGAAUCGCUAUCGAAAUGACUGAAAACAGCACGACUUGGUCCCAAGGAGUGCCCUGCAACUCAGGUUUUUGUAGGCUGC